CUUGAAUUGUGUAGAGUUUGCAAGAUGGUUGAAGGAAUGAAGUAAAGUAGUUACUGCAGUUAGCACAUGAUCAUCUUGAAUGCCGAUGUCCUACUGGAACGCACUGCUCCUUCCGGCUAAAAGGUCAUCUGAAGGCACGAGAUGAUGCAGGUCUCUAGCAGCACCUCAUGAAGCAAACCAAACCUAGAGAAGUCUUUUAUUGUUGCUCUUUGUAGUAUGGCAGUUAAUAAAAUUUAGAAACUUUAUAACAUUGCCAAGUUCGUAAUCUGAAUUAGAAUGGUCAACCUCAUUUUUCUCUAUUUUAAUUUUGUGUUACCAUAUUCUUUUUCAACACCUCAUCUGUGCAGAUUAUGGUUUAACUGACCUAUUGUUUGCCAUCUUUGUAUUAGACCUUGAUCACUUCUAUAUUAACCUUAGUACUAAUUGGGAUUUCAUUAUUCCUUGAAACCAUGUGUAGUUCAUACGAGUCUUGUAUAUGCUUGCUUUAAAUUCUACUCCAUGCAUGGGAAUCAAGAUAAUUAAUUUGAUGAUUUCAGGGAGCACCAAAAAUAAUUGUUUCUCCAAAUCUGUAGAAGUUGUAGGUGCAGGGAUUAAGUGGAUGUGUUUGAUGGGCACAGACAGUCUGUUUUGAUACAGGACCAUAUUCGAGCUGACUUUCAAUGUUUAGUGUGGUGGAUGCAAUUCCAUGAUAGGGAAGAGAGUAAGUUUAUUGCUGAAAAGAAACAAGUUGGAAAUUACUACUGCUCUACCAAGCUUUGAAGAUCCUGGGCACAUGGAAUUUUUAGAUGCUAUAAAAUCUAGCAACUUCAGCAAAAUCAGGCUUGAAUUAGUUCAUCUCAACAUCAAACAAACAGUGCACUGCAUCUUUGCCACUGAAUCUAGACACAAUGUUUUGCCAGCACCAUCUUUGAAGCCACUAGCUCUGAAUCAAUGAGUUCAGAAAGAAAUCAUAUCUAUCCAUGGAUUACUAUAUAUUCCAGUGGAAGAGAGGACAGAGGAGAGCAGCCAUGGAAACGGAGGCGCGCAGCGACCUGCGGUCGAUCCUGCCGCUGCUCCCCGUCGUGCUCCGGGGCGGGGCCCUCUUCUGGCCGCCGGCGGCGCAGGAGCAGUUGAAGGCUCUGGCUCUGGGCCCCGACGUCAGCCGCGUCACCUCCGGCGACGUCCUCGCCGACGCGCUCCACGACCUCCGGCAAGCCCUCUCCCUCCCGGCGCUCCCCGCGCGCGCCGCCGAGGGCUUCGCGCUCUUCUUCGACGACCUCCUGUCGCGGGUCCACGCGCGGGGCUGGUUCUCCGACGUGCUCCCCCGCCUCGCCCGCCUCCUCCUCCGCCUCCCCGCGCUCCUCGAGUCUCACUACGGCAGCGCCAGCGCCUCCGGUGGCGGCCGGGCGCUUGGGCUCCGUCUCCUGGGGUCGCAGGACGCGGGACUCGUGCUCCUCGGGCAGGAGCUCGCCGCCGCGCUGCUCGCCUGCGCGCUCUUCUGUCUGUUCCCCACGGCCGGUCGGAGCCAGGCGCGCCUCCCGCCGAUCAAUUUCGACACCUUGUUCGCGUCUCUGACUUACAAUUCGAGGCAAAGCCAGGAGCACAAAGUGAGGUGCCUUGCUCACUAUUUCGAGAGGGUUACCGAGUCUACGCCUACUGGUUUUGUUUCAUUUGAGAGGAAGGUUCUUCCUCUCGCCCAUGUCUCCGGUGGCAUUACCUACCCUGACAAUGAUGCUUGGAUUAAAUCCAGCACGCCCCUCUGCCCGUUCCGGGUAAUUUCCUCGGGUUUGAUAGAAGACGAGGAACAAGAAGCCCUUGAGGUUGACUUUGCAAAUAAAUAUUUGGGAGGCGGUGCACUUUCCAGGGGUUGUGUUCAGGAAGAGAUUCGUUUUAUGAUAAACCCAGAACUGAUUGUGGGCAUGCUCUUUAUGGCUUCCAUGGAAGAUAACGAGGCUAUAGAAAUUGUCGGUGCAGAAAGGUUCUCACAGUAUAUGGGGUAUGGUUCCUCAUUCCGCUUUGUUGGUGACUACUUAGAUACGAAGCCCCUUGAUGCGUUGGGCAGACGAAAAACUAGGAUAUUAGCCAUUGAUGCUUUGGACUGCCCAACUAAGUUACAGUACGAAACUAGUGGUCUUCUAAGGGAAGUGAACAAAGCAUUAUGUGGAUUUUUGGACCAAUCAAAGCAUCAGCUAUAUGUGAAGCCUUUCCAGGAUUCUAAUACCAAGAAUAACUGCCCAAGUGUCAGCUCUGAUGAAUGUAUAGGAGUUUCAACUGGAAACUGGGGCUGUGGGGCUUUUGGUGGAAACCCUGAAAUUAAGAGCAUGAUUCAGUGGAUUGCUGCAUCACAGGCAUGCCGACCUUUUGUUAAUUACUAUACUUUUGAGGCUGCGUCACUGAGAAGACUAGAAGAGAUUGACGAUGGGGUCGUCUAAUACAUCUUCAGUGGGUGAUUGCAGACUGAACUACUAGAUAUAGUUGUUGGUUCUAUAGAUGGAGGCAGGGAUCCUCUGUUUUCUUUACCGAAUGCAAUCAGUCGUAAUCCCAUGUUGCUAGGCUCUCUUUUCAUGUUCUAUUCACCUUAAUUCUUUUUCCUUGCAUCAUCACAUUGUGACAGGUGAUCCAGUGGAUAUUGCUCCAUGGGUGGACUGUCGGCGAGUUGUGGCACAUGCUCGUCGAGUAUUCAACCCAGACGCUGAGAGGAGAAACGCACGAGGGCUUUUUGACUUGGUUACUUCCAAAGAACGGUGCUAAUAGCGAUGUGGAUUACAUGUGUGAGUAGCCUGAUGCUGUGAGGUUAGCAUCUACAUGUAAUGCGCAGGUGUGCACUAUACUUGUGUGAACAACUUUGUAAAAACAUUAAUUGGUUGAUUUUUUUUUCCCUGGCCACAAACUGGCCAACAAUGGGUGAGACCAACUCAUAGCAGUUUCGUAA